AUCUAUGUAUGGAUUUGGUAAGAGGGUACUUGUAAAAUCUUAAUUGGGUAAGAAAAUAAUGAGCUGGUUCUCAUUAUGGUACCGACACUUGUUCGAAGAAUAGUGGCUUCUCAAGAUUGUUUCCGUGAUAGAGGAACUUAAGUAAAAAAAUUUAUAAUUGAUGAGGCUAAUGAUAAUGCAUAUGCUACAUGGUUAACUAAGUAAAGUAAAUGAAAUAUAAUAUAUAGAAUCAAACACCCACAAAAAGUAAGAAGUGACUGUUGUCAAGCAUAAAUAGAGAUACACAUACUAUUUAUAUACACACGCACAUGUUCAAGCAGAGACACAAACAUAGAAACAUACACAUAGAAGAGCAAAUUAAGCAACAGUCUCACACAGACAGAAGUUAUAGUAUUGGUUUGUGUGUGAAAGGAUUUUUAGAAUUUAACAGGUAUGCUUGAUUGGGGAGUUCAAGGCCAUCAUCAAAAGCAUGAUCAUGAUCUUUAUCAACAACAACAUCAACAACAAGGAUGUAGAAAGGGACCAUGGACACUUGAAGAAGAUAAGCUUCUGGCGGAGUAUGUUACUUCGCAUGGUGAAGGAAGAUGGAGCACUGUUGCUAAGUGUGCAGGUUUGAAAAGAAGUGGUAAAAGCUGUAGACUAAGGUGGGUGAACUACUUGAGGCCAGGGCUUAAGAGAGGACAAAUCACUCCUCAAGAAGAAGGAAUCAUCCUUGAACUUCAUUCCCUUUGGGGUAACAAGUGGUCUACAAUCGCAAGAUAUUUACCAGGUCGAACAGAUAAUGAAAUCAAAAACUAUUGGAGAACACAUUACAAGAAAAAAGAAAAAAUUUCUUCGAAGCAAGACAAAGUCAAAAGAUCUCUAUCCCGGAAACAACAAAUGGAUCUUAAACCGCAACAACAGAAUCAUCAGUCUCAACUAGUGCCCCAAGACCACAUGAAUAUCGACAACGAUCAAAACAUAGAGUCCGCUUUGUAUUACCCGGCUAGUGUCUUCGAUGACCAAUUUUCUAUGCCUCAAAUUGUUGCAACAACCUCAUCCGACCACUCUAUGAUCGAUGAAGGUCACUUGUGGGGCAGCUUGUGGAAUCUAGAUGAUGAUGAUCCACACGGUUUCGGUGGUGGCUCAGGACAGAGAACAGCUGAAAAUAUUGCUGAGAAGUUUCCAGGCAGCGGAAUUGAGGCCCCAUCGUGUGGCUCAGGGGAUUAUAGUUAUACUGGCUUUUACAUGGGAGGCUAUAUUUUUUAAUUAGUAUGCUCGAAGAUAUCAAGAAGUUGUGUCUUCGUAUUGUUGAUAGAAAAAUUAAAAGACCUCAUUGUGUAUUUUCUAACUUUAAUAAUAUCUAAAAAUAGAACGGACUGAGGCUAAUAAAAUGGUUUGGAAUAUAUAUUUCUCGAAAAUUAUACUUUUUAUGGAAUAAAUAGUUUCA